AACGUAAGCAAACACGAAUAUGGCCAGUGGUUGAUGGUAGCAGCUAGCUUGCAUUCACAUCCAUCUUUAGUCAAUGGGUAUUAUUUAAGCUGAUAGAAAAUAGAUUAAUCUAUCAACGGACACUUUGAAUUGUUAUACUCAGCUCAGGAAGUCAGCUUCUUGAAACACUGCUUGCGUUAUUGAACCAGUGCGAAAAUGGCAAGUCCAAGAACCAGAAGGGUACUAAAGGAAGUGAGAACCCAAGAAGAAAAUAAUCUGUGCUUUGAGUGUGGUGGUUUUAACCCUCAGUGGGUGAGUGUGACUUAUGGGAUAUGGAUUUGUCUAGAGUGUUCUGGCAAACAUAGAGGCCUGGGAGUCCAUCUCAGCUUUGUGCGCUCUGUAACCAUGGACAAGUGGAAGGACAUCGAGCUGGAGAAGAUGAAAGCAGGGGGGAACGGGAAAUUCCGUCUGUUUCUGGAACUGCAGGAUGACUACGACCCUAAUUGGACUCUACAGGAAAAAUAUAAUAGUAAAGCUGCUGCUCUUUUCAGAGACAAGGUUGCAACUUUAGCAGAGGGGAAGGAGUGGUCCAUUGAGACUUCCUCUGCUAAAGACUGGACACCUUCUCAGCCGAGAACUGGACUCUCAUCUACUCAUCGCUCAGGGGGCCCAGUGAAGACAUCAUCCAACCCUUCAGACAAAGCAUUUGAGGACUGGCUUGGUGAUGAUGUUAACUCUUAUCAGAGUGGUGGGGGUUAUAGUGGGAAUCAGGAAAACCGCUAUGUUGGCUUUGGAAACACAGUGACCCCUCAGAAGAAGGAGGAGGACGUGUUUAACAAUGCUAUGUCCUCCAUUUACUCGGGAUGGAGCAGUUUUACUGUUGGUGCUAGCAAAUUUGCUUCAGUUGCCAAAGAUAAUACUGCCAAACUGGCAAGUCAAGCAACCCUGAAGGCCACAGAGUUAGGACAGACAUUAAAUGAGAAUGUUAUCAAACCUACCCAGGAAAAGGUGAAAGAUGGAAAAUUGUUAGAUGAAAUGACAGUCAGCAUCACCGGGUUGGCCAACAAGGUAGGGGUUCAGGGAGCUGGUGCAAAAUUGACAAACCUCUUUGCUGGCAAACCGGAGGAUGGUUCAGGAGGAGAGAGCUACCAGAACAUGGAUGCCACCGAGGGCUACCAGGGUAGCCAGAGCCAGCCUCCGGCCAAGGACUUCUGGGAAACAUUUGGCAGCAACAACUCCCUGAAGCAGGCAACCAAGAAGUCCCCGAGUAGCGACAGUUGGACCAUUGCUGACAACUCUGCCGAAAAGAAGAGCUCCGAUAGUUGGGACAACUGGGGCUCCGAGGCAGCGUCCAACAACAAACACAGCACAGGAGACAGCUGGGAGGCCUGGGACAACAACUGGGAGAAUACUGGGGAGACAAAAGGGAAAAAGAGCCCCUCGAAACCUGCGGAAGAGACCUGGGAUAAUGCAGACUGGUAGAGAUAUCUCUCUCUCUGACUCUCUCUCUGUCAUGCUUCACCUACCCACCAUUUCUCUUUAAACCCUCUACCUGUCUAUCCUCCCUCCUUUAGGCACUUUUACAGUUGCACAGCUCUGUCUAUGAGAACUGGAACCAGCAUGGGGCUCAAUAUUAGCAAAUGAUGUAGGCCCUAUUAUUCAUUCUUGAAUACGAAUGACUGGAUGUGGUAUAGAGCCCAACUAAGGUUAAUUCAUGAAUUUAAAAGGAGUGCAGUCUAUUUGAUUUCCGAGGAGGUACAGAUUGUUUUAAUAUAAUUUUUACCCCAAAUUGGUGCAGGUUUAUUCUUCUUAAUUAUGAAUGGUGAACUUAAACCAUUUGUUUAAGUACACUAGAAACAGUUAUUAUGUGAUAUUGUUAAGGACAAACCCUGCACUCAAUGCAUCAUGUCAAUUGACAAUAUCUUGGUGAAAAGCAUCUUUCUGUUUGCACAUAACCUUUGUGUGAAGGCCCCCAACAUUGUGCAAUGAUGCCGUGUAUUGCUGUAGUUUGUGGAUUCAUGGGUUGUUUCGUAUUUGAAAAAUAUCUUCCAUUGUCAGCCUUCUUUUCUAGUAACGUGGAGCUAUUAAUUUUAACGAGGAUGUUGAUACUGAAAAUCAGAGAUUGAGAGAAUGAUGGUAGUAAAAUUCCACCGCUUUUCUAUGGUUGUAAAUCAACUGUUAUGAUUAGAGGUUUAUUCAAUGUAAAACAAAGGCUGAGUGUGAUGUUCAGACUGAGAGGAUUAUUGCAUGUGGGCUAUAUUGUUAUACUGCCAAAACUGUGACCUCACAGUGACCUCACAGUGACCUCACAGUGACCUAUCGUGACCUCAGUUUAACUGUAGAUGGAUAUAGUCUAAUUGCAUCUGUCUAUUUACCACAAUCUUCUCUGUGAGCUGUUUUUCAAGUCUGUGUUGUGUUGGAUUUGAGUUGCUGUGGAUUGAUGAAACCUUUAUAAACUACCUUGUUUAUUAUAUUGUCAUAUGAAAUAAACACUUCCAAGGCCAUAGAGGUCAAGAAGACUCUACGAAAACACUUACAAGUACAAAAUUGUGAUGUCUCAAACAUCCAGACAAACUAAACAAAAACAAAUAUUAGAAACUGCUUGAAUUGAGGAUCUUCAACUUCUUAGUCAUGUUUGCAUUUGAAAGGAACAAGUUAGUUGAAAUGAAUCCCAAAUUCAGCUGUAACUGCUGACCUCUUGAACUAGUUUAAACAUCACCAUAUUGUGUCUCCUAUUUCCAUGUUAUCUGUGUCUUUGGUGUCCUGGAGUAUUGCUUCAAAUUCAUGAUUGAUUCUUUCUUGAGGGCACAACUUUUUGUGGCACCUAAAAAACCUAUUAGCUUUAUUUUGGUGGAACCACGACUUGGUGGUAUGGAGUGGCAUGCAACUGAAAGAAAACUGCUUUUUCUAUAUCAGCAGCAAAGACUUCUCUAGGAUUUGCAUGUUUCCACAACCAAGAUGAUAAAAAGACAAAAACAAUGUUAGUAAAUCAGAAUAACUGUGAUAUGUGUGCAAAGCUUGUUAUGUGCUUCCUGUGCAGUUAUGCUCCCCAUCCCUAUUUGAUGUAUCACAGGCCUUAAUGAGCUGUCCUCAUGCCUCUUGAUAACAGUUAGGCUGUUUGAGUGUGUGUUUGUUCUCCUUAAAUAUAUGGACAGCAUGUAUUAUCUUAUAUUAAAGUUAAAUAAAUCGCAGAUUCUUUUAUAUUUAUGAUACUUGACUAUACUAGACUUUUCUUGUACUGUAUUAUUUUGAUGAUACUUGGCAUUUUAAGUCAAGACAUCACAAACUUAGCAGUCCAUUGAUAUAUAUCAUUUGAAUAAGUCAUUGACCGAUUCUAAUCCUUAAAUGGUAAUUUUCUUCAGAAAUUAUAGUUCUAAUGAUUUCUAAUCAAUGUUGCAGAUCAACAAAGAUAGUUAGGUAUGCGGUCUUUUCACAGUGUUUUGUAAAAACAAGUUAUGGCCAUUAUUGAUACAAUUGUUACAUAAUAAGGAGGGUUGGUCGCAAAACGUCUAGAUAAGAUAUUUCUGUCAAGUCAAAGAAAUUAUAUUUUUUAAUAUUCUACAUGAAGCUGUUUCAUAAAAUUCAUUUUACAUGUACAUGUUAAUAGCAUAUUGGGCUUCAACUGGAUUUUUUCUUUAUUGAGUUUACCUCUGUACUGAGAUCAACAUUCCAUAUGGUGACUAUUGUAAAUGAAUCCUGUGAAUAUCAGUUAAGUCUAGCAGUACUGUCAAUGGUCUGACAUAUGCAAAAUGUUUGUGUUUCAGUGCACCACCUGUUGUCUUUCUGGCAUUACGGUAUUAAAGACCUGUACACAAAGUGUAGCAGUAGCUAAUGUGUAUACGAGUUAUUGUCGAUGUAUUUUACGCUUGGCCUUUUGGAGAGGACUGACAGCAGAGGUCGGUUAGGAGCCAGCCAUAUUCAUAUUCAAAACUGUUCUAAGGAAAUAGACCCUGCUAUUCUGUUCUUAUAGUUGUCCUGCCUCAUAACUAGAAAUACAAUAAAGAUAUUCUACAUAUUG